AUGCGCAAGAGCUGGCAGAGCGACUUAGCGCCACCCGCACCGCCGCGCCGGUCCACACCUCCACCUCCCCCCUGGUUGUAUCGAGCCACCAAGGCUCGCCUCUCGUCGCCCAACCUGGCCACCAUCGACCAGAAGACGUUCGCGAGCACCUUCACUGGCCUCAAGAGCACCGCCAUCACCGCCGGCUGCUUCAUCGCCGGUGGCCUCAUCCUCAAGGAGACCCUCAGCCGCCUCCGUCGCUACUCGGACGAGGAUGCGCGCCGCGAAAAGGGAGAGCCGACGCGCGAUCGAGGCGUAGAAGGCUACGCCAUGGGCUACAUCUACCGCGCACGCUCGUACGUCGCCGGCCCCAAGACGCCCAACUACGGCCGCCCGCUCGCGUGGGCGCUCGAUGCCUACAAGCUCCCCCAGUCGUGGUACGAGACGCACUGCGGCGCCGACGCGACCCUCUACGUCCGGUUCCUCGGCGGGUGCUUCAUCUGGAUGACGUGCCUCGCGUGGACCCUCUUCCCGAUCCUCAUGUCGAUCAACUACCUGUACGCCAAGUCGUCGUUCGACAGCGACGCCAUCGACCGCGCGUCGCUCACGGCCCUCGUCCAGGGCACUCGCGGCCUGCACCUCCUCCCGAUCCACGUCGUCGCCGUGUGGAUCGUCAUCCUGUCGUGGAUCGCCAACCUCACCUGGCUCGGUCACGGCGCGCUCCGGGUCCGCCGCAACGAGCUGCGCCGCCUCAUCCGCGACGACGCCGAGCGCCACCAGCUGUCGACGAUCGGCACCAUCGACGCUGCGCGACCGCCGCAACCGCCGGCGCCGACCCUCGACCUCGACCCGUGCAUCCCCGACAGCGAGAUCGGCUGGCGGUACCGCACUUGCCUCGUGCGCAACAUCCCGCCGCUCCUCCGGUCAGAGCAGAGCCUCCGCGAGUACUUUGAGCGGUACUUGCGCGACGUGCCUCCUACCGCCGGCGCCGGCGCCGCCGCCGUCGCUGCCCCGACCUCGUCCAGCUCGCCGCCCGACCCGGUCGAGAAGCACGAGUACCCGCCGACCAAGAACAGCGGCGGGUCGACGCCGACCUCGCCCGGCUCAGCCGAGAUCGUCGAGAUCGUCCUCGUGCGGCGCCACACCGAGCUCAACCAGCUGUACUUUGCGCGGUACCGCGAGGUGCUCCACCAGCUCGAGACGGCGCACGUCGAGCUCGCCCGGGCCGUCAUGCGGUGGGUCCGCGAGCGGUUCGAGCGCGACGAGGCGCUGCGGGCGGGCAAGAAGCCCAAGGACCGCAAGCGCGCGUGGUGGAAGAAGCACGUCCGCCGGCAAGAUGUCGAGCACGAGGCGAGGGAGGGCGACGACGUCCUCCUCGAGCGCCUCAAGCCGUUCCUCGACUCGAGCCGCAGUGCGCUCCCGUCGUCCAUGACGACCGGCGCCACCGCCGAGACGCUGUGGGAGGCGCUGCACGACCUCCAGGCGCACCACCCGUCGAUCCUCGACCGGUUCCAGCCCCUGUUCCGCCUGCGGUACUUCUCGGCCGCCGUACCCGCCAUCGACUACUUCCUCCUCAAGCACAACCUCCUGUACUCGCUCAUCGAGGACAAGCGCGCGCACCCCGAGGCCGUCGAAGCUCUCAUGGCUAACGCGCUCAUCUGGGCCAUCACGAUCAUCUGGGUCCUCCCCAUCUCGAUCCUUAUCGGUCUUCUUUCGCUCAACUCGCUCCGCGAUCACGUACCGAGUCUCGCCAACUUCCUCGUCGCCAACCCGGUCGCCCAGUCGAUCGUCACCUCGUUGCUCCCGACGGCCCUCAUCGCGCUCCUCAACAUGUACACGCCGACCGUCAUCGGCCUCAUUCAGCGUCACGGUCGCACCAUCAUCACCGAGUCGAAAUGGUCCCGCCUCACGCAGUCGUCGUACUGGAAAUUCGUCGUCAUCAACCUCCUCGUCGUCUUCACGAUCGGCACGACCGCCUUUACCGCCCUGCUCAACGCGUUUUCGUCGCCGACCUCGGUCCUCGACGUCGUCGCCGGUGCCUUUCCGCGCGCCGGGACCUUCUUCGUCUCGUACCUCCUCCUUCAAGUGGGCGUCCAGAACGGCGUCGAGACGUCCUUGCUCGGCAUCUCGUGGAUCAACCAUGCAUCGAUUCGCAAGUACGUCGCGCCGCGCAAGCGGGCCCUCGAGAACAUCCCGAGGUUCUUCGGUGCCCAGACGUGGCUGCCUAACCACCUCUUCGUCAUCUCGAUCUGUCUCAUCUUCGCCGUCCUGAACCCGCUCGUCCUCGCCAUCGGGUGGGUCUACUUCGGUUUCUCGACCAUCGUCCUCAAGUCGCAGUUUGCGCACGUCUACUACCGCCGCAACUUCGAGAUGAACGGCCGAGUGUGGUUCCGGCGCAUCUUCCGGUACUCGCUCGACAUCUGCAUCCUUGCGUCGUUCAUCAUGGUCGCCUUCUUCUGGGUCUUGCGCGAGUUCGCCUGCGGCGGCGCCUGUAUCCCUCUUAUCCCGAUCGCCGUCGCCGUCAAGAUUCUCGGCACGCGCUGGUUCGACCACCUCAUGGACGAGGUCGACGAGGCGUGCAUCGACGCCAUCUGCGGCGAGGGUGACCCUCUCGCCGAGCUGUCGGUGCCGCUCGCCGACGACGGCGAGAGCGCCGCCGUCCGCUCUCGCCGGGCGGCAUUGUCCGAGGCGUUCUCGACCGUCAAGACUUUCGCCAUCGUCACCCUCCCCUCCCUCGCCCUGCACCCCUCCGACCCCCUCCCGCACCCCUAUCCUCGUCCUACGUCGCAGCUCGCCGCGCAUCGUCGAGCGCAGACGGACCGCGCCGCCUCGCUCGGCGCCGCGAGGGUCAAGCAGCGCCCGAGGGCGAGCACGGCGCCCGACGACUGGGGCCGCCACAUCCUCGACCCGGUCGUCUCGGUCGACGGCUCGACGACCGACGAGAGCGCGCACGGCUCGCCGCAGAUGACGUCGGUCGCCAUGUCGGCGCAGGCGUCGCAGGUCGGCGGCGGCGACCCGGCGGUCCGAGCGGUCGACUAUGCCGCCGCGCAAGCCGUCUCGGCGGAAAAGGUGCCCGGCGAGAAGCGUAUUCCCGAGGACGAGCGCGACCGCAAGGGCGACGUCAAGGAGCACGGCGAGUCGGCGACCCGGGCCCUCGUCACGCCGCACCCGCCCAUCGUGCGCGACGACCGCCCAGUGUCGCACCUGCGGUACCGCAACCCGGCCGAGGUCGAGCCGCUCGCCCGCACCCUAUGGCUCCCUCGCGACCCGCUCAAGCCGGUCGACCUUGGCGACACGGUCGACUACCACGGUCGGGCGCUCGUCUCGAGCGCCGGUGGGCGCGGCAUCGUCGGGCAGUGGGACGAGGCCGAGACGGACCUCGGCGACGACGACGACGAGGGCGAGGGCAGCCCGGAGAAGCUCGUCAUGUCGCCCGCGUCGCUCAUCUACGACGGCGACCGGUCGCCGGACGAGCUCAAGCGCGUCGGGAGCCGCCUGUCGAGCAUGAGCGUCGGCGGCGCCGGCGUGUACACGCUCAAGGGCACCGAGCGAGUGCGCGUCGCCGCCGAUGUCGCCGCCAAGGCGGAGCAGGAGGAGCCGGCGGCGGCGAACCUCGUGCGCGCCGCCAGCCGCAGGAGCUCGAUCGGCCGUCGGUCGUCGGUCGCCGCGUCGCCUCGACACUCGCCCGUCCUCGUGCGCCACCCGGACGCUCCGCGACCGUCGCCGCCGGGCAUCCCGUCGUUCACCGACGAGCCGUCGACCAUGAGCAGCGCCGAGCAGGCUCAGUCCUCGUCCGCCUACCCGUUCCCUCCCCCCGUCCCGGGCCCGUCCUCGCCGCAACGCGACACGCACCUCUCGCCCAACCGCAGCCUGCGCCACCGCUCGCCGUCGGCCUCGUCCACCCCGGGCAGCGUCACGACGGGCGAGGGCCCGACCUCUCCUACCUCUCCCGCCUCGCCCAUGACGACGCGUACGGCCCGCUCGGCCUCGGUCGCGACGUCGAUGCGGUCGGCCCGCACGCUCGGGCACCUGCGCGUCGCGGCCCACGAGGCCGUCAUCCUCGAGGACGCGGCGGGCGAGGACGCGGCGGGCGCCGUCAGCGUCUCGCAGAGCGCCGCCGUGCGCAGCGAGCUGCUCGAGGAGGAGCGCAGGAGCCACUUGGCGCACCGCAGGCAGGAGGAGCACCGGAUCGCGCAGGAGCGGAAGGACAGGGAGGUCGCCGAGGGCACGGCCAAGGGGGGCGGGAGCUGGUUCAGGCGGCUCCUCGCCAAGCAGGAGGUCGAGGCGCAGGACGACGAGACUUGAUGUUGUACCUCUCGUGUUGCACAUGAAGCAGGUUGUGUCGAACGCC